UCUUCUGUACAAUGCGUCAUAGAUAAACCCGGGAAGUUCGCUUACGAGCAUUCUGUAAGGAUGACUCAUAAGUCAUCCUUUUGUUGGUCAGAUUAAACCUAAGCUUGGAAAUUGGAGAUUCAUAUACAUAUAAGAAAAAGAUUAGUCACCCUUGCGACACGGAGAUCUUAGCUUCGAGCAUGUAGAAGUCUCACCAAAACUGUCGCGAACAGUGUUGGGAUGUGUUUCAUCUCGAAAAAGUUCUUCAGGAUGGCUGAUGCAAUAAAUCAUCAUUGUUUUUCAACUUGGAGAUUUUGUAGUCUAAAUUUGAUUUUGUGUUCCAAGUUUUAUUAGUGUUUAAUGACCAUAUCGUCUUUGAGAUGCCGAAGUGUGAACAAAUUUAGAUUAGCGGAAUCGAAAAAGGAAGCUGCCAAUCAAUAUUACUCACAAAAACAGUACAAGAAAGCAUUGGUUGGCUACAAUGAAGUUAUUGCAUUGUGUCCCAAUGUAUCCCGUUAUUAUAGCAACAGAGCAGCGUGUUACAUGAUGCUUGGACAAUACCGAGAUGCAUUGGCAGAUGCUAAAAAAUGUAUCGAACUAGAGCCAACAUUUUCUAAAGCAUAUGUAAGAAUGAUCAAAUGUUUCUUGAUUUUGGGAGAGAUUUUAGAAGCUGAGACCAUAUUAAAGAAAUUGCAGGAAUUUGAUCCCAAUAAUGAGUCAAUAUCCACAGAAGAAAAAGACAUAACAUAUGUAAAAAAAUAUCUUAAGGACGCUGAUGUUGCCUACAAUGUUAAGGAUUAUCGUAAGGUUGUAUAUUGUAUGGAUCGCUGUUGUGACAUAAGUACAUCUGGAACACGUUUUAAAUUAACCAAAGCAGAGUGUUUAGCUCUUUUAGGAAGAUACCAGGAAGCCCAAGAUAUUGCAAAUGAUGCUUUACACAUUGAUAAACAAAAUGCUGAAGCAUUGUAUAUCCGUGGAAUGUGCUUAUAUUUCCAAGAUGACGUUGAUAGAGCUUUCACACAUUUCCAACAAGUAUUGCGACUUGCGCCAGAUCAUGCCAAAGCACUAGAAAUAUACAAAAGAGCAAAAUGUUUGAAGAAAAAAAAAGAAGAGGGUAAUGCAGCAUUUAAAAGAGAACAAUAUAAAGAGGCCUAUAAUCUUUAUAAUGAAGCCUUAACUAUUGAUCCACACAAUAUUAUGACUAAUGCAAAAUUACAUUUUAACAAAGCAACAGCUGCAGCUAAGUUAGGGAAGUUAACCGAAUCUGUAACAGAAUGUACAGAAGCUUUAAAGCUCAACGAAAACUAUUUAAAAGCUCUUUUGAAAAGAGCGAGUAUUUAUAUGGAACUCGAAGAAUUUGAAGAGGCAGUUCGUGAUCUUGAAAAAGCAUGUAAAAUAGAUAAAAAUACUAAUCGCGAAACAAAACGAUUACUCGGAAAAGCUAAACUGCUAUUGAGGAAAUCCAAGAGGAAAGAUUAUUAUAAAAUUUUAGGUAUUGAUAAAAAUGCAUCUACGGAAGAUAUCAAGAAGGCUUAUAGAAAACGAGCUCUGGAUCACCAUCCAGAUCGUCAUGCUAAUGCCAGUGAAGGAGAGAAAAGAGAACAAGAGAAAAAGUUCAAGGAAGUCGGAGAAGCUUACGGUAUUCUGUCGGAUCCCAAAAAACGAUCUCGCUAUGAUCGCGGACAUGAUUUAGAUGAUAACGAAGGUGGUUUCCAAGAUAUAGAUCCAAAUGCAAUGUUCCAUUUCUUCUGUCAAGAUGGAGGUUUCCAAUUCCAAUUUCAUGAUGGUUUCCCGAGUAAUGCUUUUCAUUUCCAGUUUCCAGGUUAACAAACUUUGCAAAAAUGAAUAAUACAAUGCAGAAUAUGUGUAUAUGAUAUACGAAUCUGUUUUUAGUAAAUACUGCAUCACCUUUUCAAAUAUAUAUACACACAUGCAUAUAUAUAUAUAUAUAUAUAUAUAUAUAUAUAUAUAUAUAUAUAUAUAUAUGAAUCCAUGAUGCAGCAUAGUAUCAUUUGCGUUUUAUAAUUUUGAAAUUGUUAAAUAUCAGGCAUUUGUCUGACCGAUUGAUAUGCAUAUUUAUUUAAACAUGACAUAAAGCUGUAUAUAUGAUAUGUAUGAUUCUACUACACAAUAUUACGAUGCGGUAGAUCUUCGAUUUAAUGAAUUAGUUUAAGCGAAAAAGCAUUAAGGUUAACGUCGAAGGCAACAAGUAAUUUCGAUACGUGAAACACUCGUACCUGACGAAACCUUUGUGAAUAGAUAAGAGAAGCAAAUAUCCAUUAGAUUGAUAGCUGAAGCAUUUGUAUUGACAAGUUUUUUUAUUAAAAUUUUGAGUAAAUAGUUUACGUUAUAAAUAUAUUAAUUAUUAAAAAAAGAAUAAUUAUUUAGAAUACGGACCUUAAAUUGUUGAUAAAAAUAUACUUUGUAUAGCUCAUGCACUUCAUAAAUUUGCAUGAUUUUUUAAAUAUUCUAAUUUACUUUACGAGACAAAGCACACUGUUUUUCCACGAAAUUUUGUCGUUUUGUAUGAAAAAUGCGUUGUAUAAAUAUAUUUUUAUCGAAGUUUACAGUGAGGUUUGUAUAUUAAAUAAUUACUAAAAAAAACUGUUUUUAGUUUUCGAUAUUUUUAAUUUUUAUUAUUUUAAUAUCAAUCAUUGGAACCGCUUUAAAAAAUUCGUAAAAUCGAGGAUUUACUAUAAUUUUACUGAUUGCAACUAAGUAAGUUUGAUGUGUAAUCAUUAAUGAUAUAUUGCUCCACAAUCUUUAUAUCCAUAUGUAAUGUAUACUUAGUGGUUUCACAUCUGUUUUUACAAACCCAAAUAAGAUGCAAUCUUCUCACAUUAUAAGAGAAUUGAUAAGAAGGUAUAUAAUAUAAAUUCCGUACGUUUGUCUUGCGAUAAUACAUGCGCUUAAUACAUCGUUCCCAAAUAUAAUUAAAAAUUAUAAGAAUAUAUUGUUUCCAUAGAUCCACAAUGUAUUCAUUCCACAAAUCUUUCUACAAAUAUAUAAAUUAUAAUACA